UAUCUGUUAUGGACGCGGAAAUAAGAGGUGUAUAGAUACUUCUCGCAUUUCAUCAAAGCGCGAUGUCUAGAUUGCAGGUUUUAAGCGUUUAUCUUACAGAGAGAUUAACUUUAGCCGCGCAGGAGAUAUUUAAAGCCGUCGAAGAUGCAUUUUCGGAGUAUAAUGAGGAGAUAUGUCGCUCCAGACAGGAGAUUGAGCUGCUCAAGAGGAGACUGCAGCAGGCAGGAGUUCCAAUGGACUUAGAAACACAACCUUCCUUCUCCGAGACUCCAGGACAAAAAUGCAUCCAGGCUUUCUCAGAGGAAUGGAGAUCUGAUUCUGAACAUGACUUGAAGGAUUCAGAGAUGCAUAUGAAGCUAGAGGUUUACACACAACAUGAAGAGAAUGAAGUUCAAAUGCCUGUUUGCAAUGAAUCGGGAUCUUCUUUUUCAUCAUGUGUGGACAUUUUCCAUAAUAAGAUGCUCAGCAAAGACACUGAAACACAAAUAGUGGAUGACGGCGAUAAUCAUAAUUUCACAUUUAUUAACCAAGCAGCUCAGAUUAAGAAUGAACCAGAGAUUAAUACUGAAAUGGGUACCACAUGCCAAGCAUAUCAGCACAUUGCAAGAGAAGACUUCGAUGAUUCACGGACCAGUGAUGAAUCAAGUGACAUCAACAAAAUCAAAGUUUGCCAUAUUGGCUCCCCCAGACAUAAGAUGCAAACAUUUAUUAUGCCACACAAAAAUCAAGAGAUUUUAACACCGCAUAGAAUGGACCUGGCCCAGAUAAGAGAGAGAUUGGCAGAUGAAGAGCGAAAGAAGGCUGCAUCAAAAGCUAGGUCCCAAAAGCACAAGCAGAAAGUAUAUGGAAAUCCUGAUCUACAUGAGGCAUACAGGAAAAAGGAGAGAGAGAGAAUGUCUUUGAGAAUCCGGCUCUGUAACUCUGAGCGUAAAAGUAGGAAAAGUCAACCAUCUGUCUGUCAGGAUGGAGUGUCAAAAUCUGACAAGCGGAAAGCCUGCAGUGCAAGACGCAGUCAGACCUGGAGGGACCGUUUGAAAGAAGACCCUGUAAAAUUUGCUGAGUUUAAAGCUUCGGAAGCUGCGAGAGCAAGAGAGUAUAGAAGAAAGAUGACUGCUGCUGCUGUAGAAAUUGCGAAGGAAAAAAAUCGUGAGCGACAGAGAAGAUGCAGGUUGCAAAGGAAGUUACAACAGUUUAAAGCUGACCAAGAGCCCCUGCCACCUUAUAAAAGAACAUUCUUCCCAAAUAAAAGAGAAGAUGAAGAAUGGAGAUUUUGAUAGGAGAAAGAAAAUAAAAAGAGAGAAAGGAUUGGAGAACAGAAGAGAAGACCAUUCAUUUUGUACAGCUGGAUCUCUGUUCACAAUUAUUGAAAGGUUGCUUAAAAAAUGGUCAGAUAAUACUUGCUUGGAUGUUGUGAACAGUAAAACCUAAUCAAAACAUUAUAAUCAAAACACUAAGGUACCACAGGAACUUCUUUACAUGAGGACUGUAAAGAAUUGAACAUUCUUCAUGGAGAUCUCUACAUAGAAGACUUAAUAUUUUGGCAGCAGUAAAAACAGUGUUUUGUCAUUUCCUGUUUUCUCUUGGCUUCGACCUAAAUGUGUUUUUCUUCAGUGGUGGACAAAUGUAAAUCCUUCUCUCUCUAUGAAUAUUGUACUGACGUUUUACUCGGAGCCUGAACUGAAAUAUCACUGCUACUAUUAAUGAGAACUUUAUAAAUCUCAAGCAUGUUGAGACAUGUUUAAAAUAUGUUUUAUGGCAACAGUAGGAUAAGAAUAUAAGUAUACGAAAUGAUGAUUUUACUGUGGUAUAUCAAUAGUGAAGAAAAGGUUCAAAGUGGUAAUAGGUUUGUAUGACAAAUAUAAAGCUUCCUUGCAAAAGUUGUCACCAACAAUAGUUAACUAAAGACUAAAAGGUUAAAAUGGCACAUUAAAAUGGCACAAGUGUGGCACAUUUAAGAAGAUGGUGGACUAGUUAUUUGAUAAAAAUGAACUUUGCUAAUCAUCUUUUUCCAUUAUAUAGAAAUUAUGGUU